AUGGCCGAAUCCGCUCCCAAACGCCUCAAGACCGCCGCCGCCGCCGGCGCAGCGGGCACCGGCCCUCUCAUCGGCACGCACAACGGCCACUUCCACGCCGACGAGGCCCUCGCCGUGCACAUGCUCCGCCAGCUGCCCGCCUACGCCGACGCGCGCCUCGUGCGCACCCGCGACCCCAAGGUCCUCGAGACGUGCCACACCGUCGUCGACGUCGGCGGCGAGUACGACGCCGCCCGCAACCGCUACGACCAUCACCAGCGCGGCUUCACCACCACGUUUCCCGGCCGCGACACCAAGCUCUCGAGCGCGGGGCUCGUCUUCCUGCACUUUGGCCGCGCCAUCAUCGCGCAGCGGCUGAGCGCGCAGAAGCAGAAGCAGACGCAAGAGGGUGGCGAAGACAAGCCCGCUGCGCCAGUCGCAGAGGACAGCCCCGAGGUCGAGCUCCUCCACCGCAAGCUGUACGAGGGCUUCAUCGAGGCGCUCGACGCCCACGACAACGGCAUCUCCGUCUACGACCCCGCCGCCGUCGCCGCCGCGGGACUCGAGAAGCGCUUCAGCGAGGGCGGCUUCACGCUCGGCGCCCUCGUCGGCCGCCUCAACCCCAACUGGAACGACCCCCGGCCGUCGGACCCGGCUGCCGCCCAGCAGGCCGAGGACGAGCGCUUCCUCGAGGCCAGCGCCCGCAUCGGCGACGAGUUCGACCGCGACCUCGACUACCACGCCGCCGCCUGGCUGCCCGCCCGCACCGUCGUCCAGCGCGCCUUCGAGCGCCGCCGCGAGUUCGACCCCGAGGGCCGCGUCCUCGUCCUCGAGGGCCAGUCGGUCCCCUGGAAGGACCACCUCUACGCCCUCGAGGCCGCCGGCGUCCCCAACCCCGUCCUCUACGUCCUCUACCAGGAGAAGCCCGAGCCCGGCGCCAAGUGGCGCAUCCAGUGCGUCCCCGAGUCCAAGGACUCCUUCGUCAGCCGCAAGCCCCUGCCCGAGGCCUGGCGCGGCUUCCGCGACGAGGAGCUCGACGCCAUCGCCGGCGUCCCCGGCUGCGUCUUUGUCCACGCCGCCGGCUUCAUCGGUGGCAACAAGACGUGGGAGGGAGUCAAGGAGAUGGCGCUCAAGGCUCUGGACGCAUAA